GCUACAGCGCUACCCACCGCAGCCCGGCAAGUUUCUGAGACCGCUACUGAGUUUACUAACAACACGCACCCUGGACCAGCUUCCUUAGCUGAGCAGGUGCCUGAGUCACUCCAUUACUCCGGUUUCGUAUCGAUUUGUGGCGCUGCGACUUUAGAAGGGCGCUUUGAAUAGCAAAGCAAGACAAAGUUUUGCAAGGGUCCGACGACCAGGGGGAAAUGGAUGCGCAAUGCGCACAAGGUAAAGCCCUCUUGCUGUCGGGACCCGUUGUAUUAUAUUAAUAUGCGAUAACACACACAUAGUCGAAAGCAACACAAACAGUAAUUCCAUAAAAAAAAUGCCCGUUGGGCACCAAAGCCUAUCGGGGACCCGCCGCAGCGUGGUCCCUAAGGACAGGCAUCCACUAGCUAGCCUACCUAGGGGCUAUAGGCAUUGCACUGGCCGCCAAGUACACCAGCCGCAGGCUUCGUUGAGCUCGGGCCCCCCUGCUCCUGCAUCCGGCUUUGCUGCGUCCCCGCAGCGCUCUGUUCGGGUCAGGGUGAUAGCAGAUGCUCCCAACGUCAGCAUAAAUGUGGAGCAACACCUGUUGACCCUCGCUCGCUUCUUGGGGCCAGACGGGACAGAAAAUGUGGAGCUUCUGCAACAAGCGGUGGCCGCGACUGACGCUGUCCGCGCGACGGUUGCGCAUGCAGUAAAUAGCAAGCUACCAGGCGUGAAGUCGCUGCAGACAAACGUGGUGAACAGCGGCGCGCUCGCCCCUCUCACUGCCCUGGCGCGGCGGGGCUAUGCGGAGGCGUUCGAGGCGCUUCAGAUUCUGUCCUACCGCAACACAGUUGUGUGCCAGCAGCUGGUGGAGAAGGGCGUAGUGGACCUGAUCGCCAACACCCUCAACGACAGCAGUGUGGACCUGCAAUGCUCCAUGUGCUUCCUUUUGACCGCGCUGGCGGCCUUCGCGGACUCGUCACACGCGCCCAUGAUGCGUGCCGGCCUCGUACCGAAGCUGGUGAUGCUGUGCCGGACAGAGGUGUCGCAGAUGUCGGUGGAGACGGGCUCGCGCGCGGCCACGCUGCAGACGCGCGCCGCGGCGGUGCUGCGCAACCUUGCGCACAACCAGCGCAACCACGCGGUGCUCAUACAGGCGGGGGCGGUGGACCCGCUGGUUGACAUCAUGCGCAGCUCUACGGACCCGGCGUCGCGCAUCAACGCGGCGGUGGCGGUGGCGUGCCUGGUGGGGCACGAGGAGGGCAACCCGCGGCUGCAGCUGGAUGAGGACCUGGUUGGGGAGAUGCUGGGCGUGCUGGACUCGGCAUGCCAGGGCGGCAUGAAGUACGGCAUCUUCUGGACGGUGUGGAAGCUGUGCCAGGGCCUGGCCUCGCUCAGCGUCAAUGACAAGAACAAGGAGAUGAUCACCAGCAAGGGUGGCGUGGACAUCCUAGCGGAGGUGGUGAUGGGCAAGCAUCACAACCAGGAGACGGCACACCGCUUCGCGCUGUCUGCCCUCUGGAACCUUGCCUUCAACGAGCGCAGCAAGGCCGUCAUCAUCAACACACCCGGCCUGGUGGACUCUAUCCGCACCCUCCUGUCUUCGUCCGAGUCGCCCAAGACGCGGGAGGUGGCCAAGGGCGCGCUGUGGACGCUUGGCCUUGAGCAGGACGUUCGCAGCCUGCAGGAGGGCGGCGGCCGGCUGGUGGCGGGCACGGACGAGGAGAACCAGACGCAGCACGUGAUGCUGAGCUACGAGUGGGGCUGCCAACAGAGCGUGAUGCUCAUAAAGAGCGAGCUGCAGAAGGCGGGCUACCAGACGUGGAUGGACAUUGACAAAAUGAGCGGCUCCACGCUGGAGGCGAUGGCCAAGGCGGUGGAGGACAGCGCGGCGGUGCUGGUGUGCGUGUCCAAGCGCUACAAGGAGAGCCAGGCCUGCCGCACGGAGGCGGAGUACGCCUUCCAGCAGCGCAAGAAGAUCGUGCCGGUGCUCAUGGAGGCGGACUACAAGCCCACGGGCUGGCUGGGCGCGCUGAUGGGCACACGGCUGUACUUCAACAUGAGCGAUCCGCGUCAUAUCGCCUCCAAGAUGGGUGGCCUCAUAAAGGAGCUUGGCGACGCGGGCAGGGUCAACGUGACUGUAAAGGAGGCGGCGCAGCGCAGCGCGUCCAUGUCCGUGGCCACUGCCUCGGACCGCGCGGAGGGCUGGAAUGUGUACGAGGUGGAGGAGUGGCUGAAGCGCAUCAAGUGCUCGGACUACGUGGGCACCUUCCGGGAGCACAACAUGGACGGCGUGGCGCUGAGCGGGCUGUACCGCAUGGGCUCCGACAUGCGCUUCCUGCACGAGACGUUGCGCACUGAGUUCGGCAUCGCAGUCAUGGGCCACCGGUUGCGACUCAUCGAGGAGCUCAACAAGCUGUUUGGGUGAUGUCACGGGCCGAUGACACGGGCUGGGGAUGCGAGCGAGGGGCUGUUGGUGCUCAGGGACGGGUGGUUAAUUAGGGCCAGGUGCAGGUGCCACGCAGGCGCUUCACCACGGCGGGUUUUGGCGCACGGAACGCGAAUUGCGGAUGCGGCUCGGAUGGCCUGAGGGUGAGCUGAGGUUAACACAGGGCAUGAACAGCGCACUGCAGCAGUGACCACUGCGGCGCGACUGCAUUUCCGACAGAGUGUCUUGCAGUUUUUGCAUCAGAGCGUGACCACUGAAAAUCUGAGCUUUAGUAGUACCGUAUUUCAUCGCGUUUUACAUUGUUAGCUGCGGUGUUGUUGAUCGGUGCUGUACGCGUUGUAUGCGUUCAGCGCGUGCAGGUUGGCGUUUGCACGUUGCAGCUAAAGUGAACACACGCAUGUAGAUGCGAGUGGGGCAGUGUGCACAGGACAGAGAGCACACCUUGCAUUGAAAGUGCAAAUUCAUCCACGGUGGGCGACUGGAACUUACCGGGGUCGGCCGUUUAUUGUAUGCAACCAGGUUCCCCUGACCGGGUUUCCUGGGCAACGCAGAAGCACUGUCGAUUGUUCCUCUGCGCCAAAGUAAACUGCAUGGCGCGGCGGCCUGAGAGUUGUCAGUCACUGGGGUAGUUGCUGCCACUCCGACGUUUCCAGUACUGGUGCCUGUCAGUGUUGACUGCGGUCCCCAUGGAGUAUGCGGAGAAAGUGGUGGCCGCGCCAAGAGCUGACUGGGCAGAGAGUGAAAUGGGUCGGUCUGGAGGCGAGGGAAUCUGACAGCAUUUGCGGUGACGGACGGGGGCACGCGCUUGACUGCCAAGAACAAGCUACGCUUGACGCGUGUUUUGGUGUUUGACAUUGCGGCUUGAAAGGCAGCACUGCGGUGUAGGCGGGUACGUGUGCACCCAACUGCCGGCCGGUGGAGCCACCUGAAACACCUUGUACGCCCAGCGACAGGCUGCAUUGUGACGUUUUCUUGGUGCGGUGGAUGGGAACAAGCAGUAUUUGGUAAAGCCUAUUGAUAGCAAUAGGCGGCAGCGGCCCUGGGCCCAGCAUUGGCGGCGUGCAUGUGCGUAGCGGAGGGGGCGAGCUAGGCCACGUGGAGGUGGACGGCGCGGUGCCGCCCAAGAAGCGGUGCCAGUGCGCAGGUUGAGGGCCUGCGGGUGUCUGGUUAGCAGUCUUUGCUGGCGAGCAUAACAUGGCACGUUGUGUGGUAGGAUGAUUUUUGCCUGUGUGUAAUUUGUUAUUGCCUAUUGCAUGUAAAUAGGCGGUGGGGAAAAUUCGGGCGGAGCGAGAAGUGCCUUCGCACGUCCAUGGACAAUUGACUUUCGCGAGGUUGCCCGAAAAGCAAGCCAUCGCUUUGCGCAGUAUGACUUCUGUACGUGGUAAAUGUGCUACAGCUGCGGGUGUCAGGAGAUGGCCAUCAAGCGGCUUGGGGGGCUGAAGGAGGGGCAGCGGCCCUGGUCGGUCAAAGUCUGCAACGACUGCUUGACGACCUGGGUGAGGACCGUGCAUGUGCGGGGACGGCUGGACACUGGGGACGGAUUGAUUGACAGGUUGACGGUUGGGACAGCUCAUGUGCGCUCUCUUCUUCCUCCCCGUUCCCCAUCCACAGAACCGCGACGCCUCCGCCGCCAACGUGAUCCGUGUGCUCCUCCUGCUGAAGCUGAUGGGCUUCGAGCGGCCGACCAAGCUGCAGCGGCCGCCAUGGCCGCCGGCGGCGGCGGGGCCGGGCUGAGAGCCUGAACGGCGCUAGCAGGGCGUGGGGCUGAGGGUGCACGUGUCGAUUGGCGGCGAGUGACGUGACUAGUUUGUUAGCUGCGGGUUAGCACGGACUGUGCACCCCACCCAACCGGCCACGUCCGGAUUUGCGGGGAUGCCAAAGGCCCCCAACAGAGAGGCGUGUGCAAUUUGCGUGUGCUUAGUAGGCGCCCGCGUCAAGGUGGCUGGGUUGAUAACGACCCGGGAGGGGAGGGCUCAGCCCACGGGCUCAGCCCUUUUCCUGCCUCCCAAAGGCAGCCACCUCCUUGUUUGUCCAGGUGUGAUGGAUGGGACGAUUGCGACACAGUGAUCCUGCAUUUCGACGGCUGUGUAGCGUGUGUGUUUUGUGAUCUGGGCCAUGCUGGAAGAACUGUCAAGGUGCCCCAAAAACUGUCAAGGUGCCCCAGCCCAUUGCGGCGAUUCAAAACGUGGUGAUGCGAGAUGCGGCUGGGGAACCUGCCAGCCUGUGAGGAUGAAGCCCGGUAGGUUCCGGUGCGUGGCGUCGUCGGCGAUGCCGAGAUGUAUCGAGCUCUCAUGUG